AUUUUCUAUUUGUAUUGUUUAACCUGGACAUUCAUCGGAUGAUAUUAAAUUUAUCAAAAUUCUAGCUUGUCUCUAGGCUAGUCUAGAUUAGUCUAGAGCAGGCUAGAACAUGGAUACAGCGCUGCAUGCCGUUGAUACGGCGAUCGACCGCAUCAAGCGGGAAGUGGAAAUCCAGAAACAGAAAUCUGACAACAUGUGCAAAUUUAAAACAGCGCACAAUUGGCAGGAGGAAAAGGAAGGAUCUGUUGAGGAUACAACCCAACCUUCUUAUUUCUGGCGCGCACACACCGGUACCGUGCUCAUCGUGUUCAUCUGCUGCCUCGUGUAUACGGCCUUCAUAGAAACCCCGGUCGAUGAUCCCGUGUACAACGGUAAACGGGGAUUCACCGUGGCAGUAUUUUUCUGGGUAACCCUGGGAAUGACGAUGAUGCCGGACGGACCAUUUAUGCGUCCUCAUCCUGCGCUCUGGAGGUUCGCCUUCGCCUGUAGUAUCUUCUACGAACUUCUCCUGAUCUAUAUCCUUCAUCAGACCCCGCAUGAUGCUCGAACUUUGCUUAAGUUUAUCGAUUCCGAUCUGGGAGAACCCAUCCCGGAGAAGGAUUACGGAGGAAACUGUCAGAUCUACGACUCUGAGACACCCCAGGAUCCCUGGCAUAAUAUCAAGGACAAGGUGGAUAUAUUCAUCGUUGCUCAUCUGUUCGGAUAUUGGUGCAAAACCUUAAUCUUCAGGGAUUGGUGGCUCACAACAGUGAUCUCUGUAAUGUUUGAGUUUCUUGAAUACUCCCUGGAACAUCAGUUGGCUAAUUUCUCUGAAUGUUGGUGGGAUCACUGGAUCCUAGAUGUUAUCGUCUGUAAUGGCGGGGGAACUAUUCUAGGAAUAUAUACUCUACGCUGGCUUAGUCUCAAGGAAUACCAUUGGCGUGGUUUGUAUGAGAUCCCAACCUAUCGAGGCAAAAUAAAAAGAAUAAUCGCGCAAUUCUCUCCCCAUGGUUGGAUCGAGUUCCAAUGGUCUCCACUGUCUAGUUUCGAGAGAUGGAUUGCUAUCCUUUGCAUAACAAGCGGAUUUUUAUUCACAGGUUCAAAUCAAAGUUGUAUCUUUUUGAAGAAUUUUGUUGGUUUAAAGGACAUCUUAUUUAAAAAAUUUAUGUUCCUUGAACCAAAAUACGUUUUUCGUUACUUGUUUAGGGAAACUUUCCAACUGUUGGAUGACCCUGAGUGUGAUAAACUGGGUCGGCAGAGCUGGGUUCUCCUCGCUAUCGUCAUCACGGAGCUACUCAUCUGCUUUAAGUUCGGUUGGCAGACCAUCACCAAACCUCUUCCCAAACAUAUUGCACUCUGGUGGGUACUGGGUGGUGUACUGCUUGUUGUUUACACCUUCGUCAAGUUCUAUCUACUGAAACCCAACCAUAUCCCUAGACCGGAGAAGGAACGUGUACGUCUGAUGACACCUGGCAGUACACCUGUUCAUGUACCCAGGUCAAGGAAUAGUGAGAAAGAAGACUAGUUCAUCAGCUAAUGUUAAAGAAAAGAUUGAUCUUAAUAAUAAGGGAACACGAGAUCAAGAAAUAUUCCAACCAAGGAACAAAACCAAAUCAAGGAAGAGUUCUCAAGGAUGUAUUAUCAACUGUGAGAAGCAGGGAACAGUUUAAAAGAAACUAGUCAAGGACUUUAAAAAAGGAGCAUUCAUUUGAGUUUUGGAAGAAAAAAAAAUAUUUUUAUUUGGAAAAAAGCAUAUUCUUCCUACAAAACUAUGGUAUUUAGGAUUAUCUCCAAGUAAAAAUUAAAAUAAUCGUUGCUAUUUUCUAAAUAAUCAUAUAAUGUUAAAUGUAAAUCCUUCUUACAAAAUCAUUGCACAAGUUUUGUAUAUGAUUGUUGUAACUUUAAGUAGCACGUUAAUUUCGGGAAAUUUGU